UGCCUGCAAUCCCCAUAUCCCAAAAUAUGCGACUACUACAUGGGGAAUAAUUUCUUAGACACCCUCAAGCUCGACCAAACCCAAUUAUCCUUUCACAACUUGAUCCUCAAGGUCACCUUGAACCAAUCCGUUAAAGCUCACGAGCACAUUUCAUCAAUGAACUUAAGCUCUUUCAACAAGCUAGCCAAAUUGGCUUGGACGGAUUGUUUGGAGCUCUAUGAAGAUACAGUCGACAAUCUAAACCGUUCGAUGAGCUCUUCAAAUCCUGUUGAUUCCGUAACAUGGCUAAGCGCCGCCAUUGCAAAUCAACAGACGUGCGAAAACGGGUUUACUGAUUUUAACUUGGGGCAUUAUCUUGAAUCAUUACCAUUGAUGUUGACUAACUUCUCCCAAUUGGUUAGCAAUUCCUUGGCAGUGACUCAAUCCACUGUCCAAUGGGACACAACUGUGAAAGUUGGCGGUCGACGCUUGCUUGUGGAUGAAUUUCCGUCAUGGGUUUCCGCGGCUGACAGGAAACUGUUGCAAUCAGCCCCACCGAAAGGUGACAUUGUGGUGGCGCAAGAUGGAACCGGUGAAUAUAAGACCAUUUCUGAGGCUGUGGCAGCUGCAGCUAAGAAAGGUGGCGGGAGACGAAUGGUGAUCUAUGUUAAAAAAGGAAUUUACAGAGAAAAUGUGGAGAUUAAAAGAACAGUGAAAAAUAUAAUGUUAAUGGGAGAUGGAAUUGAUGCUACAAUUGUUACUGCUAGUAGGAAUGCCAAUGGGGCCACCACAACUUUUCGCUCGGCCACUUUUGCUGUUACUGGAGAAGGCUUCAUAGCUAGAGGCAUGACUUUUGAGAAUACAGCAGGACCUCAGAAUCAUCAAGCGGUGGCUCUCCGGUCAGGCUCCGACUUCUCUGUCUUUUAUGGUUGCAGCUUCAAAGGCUACCAGGACACUUUAUAUGUCUACGCUAAAAGACAAUUCUAUCGCAACUGCGACGUUUAUGGAACCCAAGACUUCAUAUUCGGCGACGCUGUGGUGGUACUUCAAAACUGCAAUAUUUACAUCAGAAAAAGCAACCAGAAGAGCACUGUUACAGCGCAGGGAAGAAAAGACCCAAACGAAAACACGGGUAUAAUUAUUCACAACUCUCGUAUCACAGGUGAAGGCUCCAGUGAAAACUACCUGGGUCGACCGUGGAAACAGUAUUCUCGAACAGUGAUCAUGAAAUGUACGAUCGACAGUUUGAUUAAUCCCGCCGGUUGGUUGCCGUGGAGCGGCAGUUUUGCUUUGAACACUCUUUAUUAUGGAGAGUAUAUGAACACUGGAGGUGGGGCAAGUACUAGUGGGAGAGUGAAGUGGCCAGGCUAUCAUGUGAUAACUAGCCCAACAGAGGCCGGAAAGUUCACCGUGGGGAGCUUUUUAGCUGGGAAUUCGUGGCUUCCGGCCACCGGAGUACCGUACGAUGCUGGUUUAUGAAGUAGGAAAUAAUGCAAAAA